UCAGUGACAAUGCUAAGAGGUCGAGUGCUAGGGAUUCAGUGGCAUGCACCAACAGUGCCAAUGUUAUUGGGUGCUACAGGGAUUCAGUUGCGGGUUCAACAUCGGGGAAAUCUAUUUACCGAGAGAUCGAAUGACCCAGUGGAAGGUACCAGCGUCGGAGACAUCAAAUGAGGAUCCCCCCUCCGCCCCGGCAGAAAGACUUGAGUGCAACAGAGAUCCAUUGACGGGGGAGAAGAAUAACAGAAAGAACGAGUUUAUGAUUCCUCUGCCCAGCUAUGGCGUCUGACGACGUAGUGAGGUUUCAGUUCCCGAGCCACGAGGUGACCAUCCUGAAGAAGAUGAACCAACUGCGGUUGGAGGAGCGUUUCUGUGAUGUGACCAUCGUGGCGGACCAGCUGCGGUUCCCGGGCCACAGGGUGGUAUUGGCCGCAUGCUCGCCGUUCCUGCGUGAUCAGUUCCACAUGAACCCAUCACAGGAGGUGCAGGUCUUCCCCAUGACCGGCGCCCAGAUUGUGCUGCGCCUGCUGCUCUCAUGCUAUACCGGCUGCCUAGAGUUCCCCUUCAAUGACAUCCUUGACUACCUGACAGCCGCGAGCUGCCUGCAGAUGGAGCAUGUGGUGGAGAAGUGCCGCCAAUCGCUGUCACCACGCAUCGGGCCCCGCGUGCCCCCAUCCGAGGGAGUCGAUGAGGGGCCUGGCACGCCGCAGAUCGCCAGCUCGUCAGAGCGAGUGCCGGACACCGAGAGGCCAGCUCCUUGGGAAGCUGGAGCAGCACCACCAGCACCAGAGGAGAAAAUACCGAAACGGGCGCCAGCUGACGAUGUGGUGAAGCUGGAGUCAGAACAACACUCAGAUUUCAGCGGGACCGAGGAUAUCUGCAUCCACAAGGUGGAGUCGCUAGCCGACUGCAUGGAGGGUUGCCCGGAGCCGGUGGGCAAAGUGCGGGGUCCUGAGGCCGCCAACGGCUUGGAGCCCGAUCCGGGCAUCCAUUCGACAGCGGGUGGCUACCCAGAUGCCGGUGGCCCUCCCUAUGACAUGUCAGAGGUGAUGAUCUCAGAUGAGUUCCAGGAGGAGGACUAUGAGAGCUCAGCUAGUGAGGAGUGCCGCAGCAGCGGCUUCACUGGUAGUUACUACCGGCCCGGAGAGGAGCACCCGCCGCUGGCACCUCAACAGCAACAGCCGCCGCCCCCUUCUGCCAGUGCCCUGGCGGGACUGGGCGCUAAGGAAGGGGAGUCGGCGCGCAGCCCUGGCCUGUGCUCGGAAUGCGGCGCACCGUUCGAACACCGCGAGCACCUGGCUGCGCACAUGGUAGUCCAUAAGCUCUACAUGUGCCUGCUGUGUGGCAAAGUGUUCAAGAAAAAUGCACGGCUGGCGCAGCACAUCAAUGUGCACACCGGCUUCAAGCCAUACUGCUGCGCUAUCUGCGGUCGCACCUUCACGCAGAAGCGCUCGCUCAAGGACCACAUGAACGUGCACAACGGUGACUCGCCGCAUUGCUGCAGUUACUGCGACAUGCGCUUCACCCACUACAGCACCCUGCGGGUCCACCUCCGGGACCAGCACGGCAAGACCACUACACGCAACAUGGAGAACAAGCCCGCUGAAAUCAGCCUGGUGGUGCCUUAGCAGUUGGUUUACCCACCAACCCAAUCUACCCCUUCCAUCCUAUCCUUCCCUUCUCUCCACUUUAUCAUCUCAGAAUCUUCAUCCUUCUUCACCCCAGAUCCAUUCCAACUUGACCCCUCCCAUAUCUCACACAGAAUCGCCUCCUGUCAAAGAAGCACCCCAUUUUUUAGACGACUUCACAGUGCAGCCACCCCAAUUAACAGCACAGUUUUAAUCUGAUCAAACAAUGGACUCUUCCAAAUUCUCGGUCCACCUUCUGCUCUUGUCUGUUUGAGUUUUUUUAACCAAGGGCCUAUCCUCACCAUCGCCUGGUUUAUUUUAUUUUGUAUGUCUCCACAACAGGAAACGUCUCUUUUGUGUAAUCUAUAUUUUUAUUGCAAAAAAUAAUAAUUUGUGAUUUUAAAAAUA